AAUAAUUUUACAUCUAGAUCUGCUGGACAAUUUGUUUACUUUUGGUCUUGGUAUACCAAGGGAGGAAGCGAGAGUGCGUGGGCCAGUCGAACCUGAGGCAGCUUGAAGGCCCCAUCAGGCGGCGCCGCGGGCAGCCGCGCAGCCGGGGCCUGGUGCAGCCGCCGCGGCCGCUGUCAGGGAAGCGCAAGCGGCCAAUGGAACCCGGCAGCGGUCGCUGCUGCUGAGGCGGCGGUGUCGGCAGUCCGACCCCGACCGCCCGCACCCCCUCUGCGAGGGUCCCCCAGAGCUUGGAAGCUUGAAAUCUGGCUGUGGCCAUGGGAGACACAGUAGUGGAGCCUACCCCCUUGAAGCCAACUUCUGAGUCCACUCCUGGCCCAGCAGGGAGUAACGGGGGCUCUUUGCUAAGUGUCAUCACGGAGGGGGUCGGGGAACUAUCAGUGAUUGACCCUGAGGUAGCCCAGAAGGCUUGCCAGGAGGUGCUGGAGAAAGUCAAGCUUUUGCAUGGAGGCGUAGCCAUCUCUAGCAGAAACUCCCCACUGGAGUUGGUCAAUGGGGAUGGUGUGGACAAUGAGAUCCGUUGCCUAGAUGAUCCACCUUCUCGGAUCAGGGAGGAGGAAGACGAGAUGGGAGCCACUGUGGCCGUAGGCACAGCCAAAGGAGCAAGAAGGCAGCGGCAGAAUAACUCAGCUAAACAGUCAUGGCUAUUGAGGCUGUUUGAAUCAAAACUAUUUGACAUCUCCAUGGCCAUGUCAUACCUGUAUAACUCUAAGGAGCCUGGAGUGCAAGCCUACAUCGGCAACCGGCUUUUCUGCUUUCGCAAUGAAGAUGUGGACUUCUAUCUGCCCCAGCUGCUUAACAUGUAUAUCCACAUGGAUGAGGAUGUGGGUGAUGCCAUUAAGCCCUACAUAGUCCACCGCUGCCGCCAGAGCAUUAACUUUUCUCUCCAGUGUGCCCUGUUGCUUGGGGCCUACUCUUCAGACAUGCACAUUUCCACUCAACGACACUCCCGUGGGACCAAGCUGCGGAAGCUGAUCCUCUCAGAUGAGUUAAAGCCAGCCCACCGAAAGAGGGAGCUGCCUUCCUUGAGCCCAGCCCCUGACACAGGACUGUCUCCCUCUAAAAGGACUCACCAGCGGUCUAAGUCAGAUGCCACCGCCAGCAUAAGUCUCAGCAGCAACCUGAAACGAACAGCCAGCAACCCUAAAGUGGAGAAUGAGGAUGAGCCUGUUCGACUGGCUCCUGAGCGAGAAUUCAUCAAAUCCCUGAUGGCGAUUGGCAAGCGGCUGGCCACGCUCCCCACCAAAGAGCAGAAAACACAGCGGCUGAUCUCGGAGCUUUCUUUGCUCAACCAUAAGCUCCCUGCCCGAGUUUGGCUUCCUACUGCUGGCUUUGACCACCACGUGGUUCGUGUACCUCACACACAGGCUGUUGUCCUCAACUCCAAAGACAAGGCACUCCCCGUCUCUCCCCAGCUCCCUGAAGUUCACACCAACAGCUGUGACAACAUCUCUCAGUUUUCUGUGGACAGUAUCACCAGCCAGGAGAGCAAGGAGCCUGUGUUCAUUGCAGCAGGGGACAUCCGACGGCGCCUUUCAGAACAGCUGGCUCACACCCCCACAGCCUUCAAACGAGACCCAGAGGACCCUUCUGCAGUUGCUCUCAAAGAGCCCUGGCAGGAGAAAGUACGGCGAAUCAGAGAGGGCUCCCCCUAUGGCCAUCUCCCCAACUGGCGGCUCCUGUCAGUCAUUGUCAAAUGUGGGGAUGACCUUAGGCAAGAGCUCCUGGCCUUCCAGGUGUUGAAGCAACUGCAGUCCAUUUGGGAACAGGAGCGAGUGCCCCUUUGGAUCAAGCCAUACAAGAUCCUCGUGAUUUCUGCUGAUAGUGGUAUGAUUGAACCAGUGGUCAAUGCUGUGUCCAUCCACCAGGUGAAGAAACAGUCACAGCUUUCCUUGCUCGAUUACUUCCUACAAGAGCAUGGCAGUUACACUACUGAGGCAUUUCUCAGUGCCCAACGCAACUUUGUGCAAAGUUGUGCUGGCUACUGCUUGGUCUGCUACCUGCUGCAGGUCAAAGACAGACACAACGGGAACAUCCUUUUGGACGCAGAAGGCCAUAUCAUCCACAUCGACUUUGGUUUCAUCCUGUCUAGCUCACCCCGAAACCUGGGCUUUGAGACAUCAGCCUUUAAACUGACCACAGAGUUUGUGGAUGUGAUGGGUGGCCUAGAUGGUGACAUGUUCAACUACUAUAAGAUGCUGAUGCUUCAAGGGCUGAUUGCUGCUCGAAAACACAUGGACAAGGUGGUGCAGAUCGUGGAGAUCAUGCAGCAAGGUUCUCAGCUUCCUUGCUUCCAUGGCUCCAGCACCAUUCGCAACCUCAAAGAGAGGUUCCACAUGAGCAUGACAGAGGAGCAGCUUCAGCUACUGGUGGAGCAGAUGGUAGAUGGCAGCAUGCGGUCCAUCACCACCAAACUGUAUGACGGCUUCCAGUACCUCACCAACGGCAUCAUGUGAUAUCCUCCUUCUCAGGCCCAGGGGUGGUGGGUGGAGCCCAGGGGCCCUCCCAGAGGAGCCCUUGUCUGAGAAAUCCCAAACCAGGAAACCACCUACCCAUCCAUCCACCCGAGGGAAAUGAAAGGCAAGAAAUACAAAGGAUCAUGUGGUAACAGGCAAGAGACUGCGGGUGGGAGAGCCAGCUCUGGGGUCCAGACUUGCUGAGGCUUCCCUGCCCUCCAGCGCUGUCAGUAUUACCACCUGACUGACUCCAGGACUCACUGCCCUCCAGAGAACAGAGGAGAUGAAUGUUGAGGGACGCCAGGGCCUAUCUUCUCACCAGGAUAUGAGAGGUUCUCUGCAGGCCACCUACUUCAUCUGUUCUGGGUCCCAAGAAAGGGGGAUGAGUAGGUCUUUGGCACUUAGGACUCAAUCCUGUGAUUGGCCUUUGGCCAGGCUACUGCCCAACUGUGCCCCUCCCAGGAACUAGCCCUAGCCUAAGUUCCCCUAAGGUGGGCUCUGUACCUUCUGAGGUGCCUACUGCAGGGGCAAGGACAGGAAUUACCAGGACCCCCACCCCCCGCCCAUGUAUGAGGGUGUGGCCUAGCCAUGGGAAUUCCUUACCCUGAUCCCUUCCCCACACCCAGGGAAAUAGCUCUCAAUUUUUUAUUUUUAAUUUUUGUUUGAAAUAAAGUCCUUAGUUAGCCAUC